GGCAGGUGUCUACUUCUGAACCAAUGUCGGUUGUUCAGGUUCUUUAAUCUAUGAUCCUACUUCACUUGAAGAUACGCCAAUGGCUGAUUAUCAAGUCGUUGAUGAUAAGCGCGUCGAUUUGGAAAUAUAAUUGAUUCACAAUCAGUUAACAACCGGAUUCAUUGUACUCACACGACUACUUGAUAAUCAUGUCGGGUAUUGUAGCCGGAAAACUUGCUUUUGUCACAGGAGCUGGCAGUGGUAUAGGCAGGGCUGUGUGUCAGAAACUGGCAAAAGAAGGAGCGACAGUUGUUGCAGCUGACUUGAAUGCAAAGAGGGCUUCUGAAACGGUAGCUCUUCUAGAAGGUUCAGAUCACCUUUCUCUGGCUGUCGACGUUGUAUCUCCCAAUAGUAUAAAUGAGGCGUUUGUAUCUGUGCUUCAACAUUAUCCAAAGCCUCCUACACUGGUAGUAAAUUCGGCAGGAAUAACUAGAGAUAAUUAUUUUUUGAAAUUAUCGGAAACCGAUUAUGAUCAAGUUCUCGAUGUAAAUCUGAAAGGUACAUUCCUUGUUACGCAAAUAGCUGUGAAGGCUAUGAUAAAUGCUGAAGUGUCCAAUGGAGGUUCGGUAGUAAAUCUGGCAUCAAUUGUUGGAAAACUUGGCAAUCUUGGCCAAAGUAACUACUGCGCAUCGAAAGCUGGCGUUGAAGGGUUUACAAGGGGUGCUUGCAUAGACUUGGCAAAAUUCGGAGUCAGAAUCAAUGCAGUAUUACCAGGUUUUAUUAGAACCCAGAUGACAGACAUUGUUCCGGAACAUAUAAAAACGAUUCUUAUAGCUAAAACAGCCGCAGGAAGAAUGGGAACCCCUGAUGAAAUCGCAGAAGUCGUAGCAUUUUUGUGUUCGAAUAAAAGUUCCUUCGUGAAUGGUGCUUCCAUAGACGUGACAGGUGGAUUCUUUUAGUCCGGCAUAAGAAAUGUAUCUAAUCAUGGUAUUUGGGGUCGAAAAAAGAAUGCGAUACACUAAUAUUUACUACAAACCACAAUAUAUUUUUUGAUAUCAAUAAACAAAACAAUAUUGGG